CAAAUGGUACAUAUAGGAGAGUCUUCACUCUUUUUUUGGCUGCUUAGCGACCGACUGGAUUCUAAGCAAGUACAUCGAACAAUCGAACUUGGGCUCAACGAUAUGGGUUAUGUGACUUCUGAGAUCACCGGCGACGACAAACGUCUAAUUGAGUCUCAAAGGCUGGAGAAGUGCUUGCUUGACUCGUUCUGUCAGAACUUUCUUCCUCUUUAUCCUAUCUUGAAUAAGGACAAGUUCAUAAACAGAUGGAUCUCCGGUAAAGUUUCUCCAUUGCUUAAACAAACCAUAUUUUUUAUUGGGGCUCUCCAUGCGCCAAUAUCGAUCAUUACAAACGCAGGGUUCUCUUCCCGACAGGAUGCCACGGAGUAUUUUUACCAUAAGGCUAGGCACCUAUAUGAUAAUGAUGUCGAAUUGGACAGGGUCACGAUUGUUCAAUCCACAUUUAUGCUACAAUUUCGGUUCGGACCUACUCCCAGUCACAGAGACUGUUUCUGGUGGGCGAGCAUGGCUAUCAGUGUGGCACAAACAAUUGGAAUGCAUCGAAGCACGAGAAAUACGACGAUCUCCGCAGAAGAUAGACGGCUAUGGAAGAAGAUCUGGUGGCUCCUUUUCAUUCGUGAUCGUCAGCUCGCCCUCGGAAUCGGAAAACCCCUAAUGAUCGACCUACGGGAUUGCGACGUGGAGGAACUUACCAGGGACGAUUUUAUCGAUGGCGAGUCUUCGUAUACAGCAUAUUUUACGAUUUCUAUGUUGAGAUUAGCUAAGAUCGUGACUGAUGUAGUCCGCUACAAAUAUUCACCAGUACCUUUGUCUAAGCGGCCACAGGAAGAUGUGGAAGCUCAGAUGCAUUUGGAACUGCAAAAUUGGCAAGCAGGGCUCGAGCCCUUCCUGCUACUUUUGCACCGACCAAGUCUCAAUGAUGCGAAGCAUUCUGUCGACGAACGUGAUUUUUCUACUCAUUUGGCCUUUUAUGCUGCGAUUCAGAUUUGCGAUCUGGCCACCGACAUAUCGAACUUCUUCGAAGCCAACGAGUUUCCUAUUUACGCGGAGAUGAUUAUCUUAUCCGCUAUGGUGUUUCAUUCCGUUGAAACGCAAUCAACAUACGAAGAAGACCUGAUCCACAGAAGGAAGCAAGCGUCUAUUUCGUGCCUAUUGGAAUUGGAUCGGAUAUUCUGUGCUAUUCCCAGAUACAAGCAAUUCUUUGGGGAUAAAAUCGGCAUAUGGGAGAGACUGAACACUAAGGGUAAAGAAAAUACUACGACUCGUGGCCUGGUUGGGCAUAGUGAGUCUUCGGAGAAAGAAACUGGGCUUAACGGUCUGGUGUGACUAGAUGAACUAAUUCCUGAACAAUAUUUUGACAUAAC